AUGGAAGUGCCUCGUUUGGCUGAUCGCCAGUUCCAGAGAGAGCGAAGAGUACACAUGCGCAGACCUCGUGCUGCAAAGGUAGUUGAUACCGCCCUCAACCGCGACUUCAUCAACGAUGGCGUGGUCGAGAUCGCUAACGACUCAAGUGAUGAUGAGUCCGAGUUUGAAGAAAUCGAUGUCUCGGGUGUUGUCUAUCGUCUUCCUGAGAAGGGCAUCAAGCUUGAUUUCAUUGACAGAGUCAGACGGUGA